UCGAAGAAGUUGAUUAUGAAGAUCAGCCUGAAUAUCAUAAAAUACAACAACAUAUAGAUGAUGAAUCUUUGCACCGUCAUGAAAUGGAAAGAGGAAGUGAAUUUGGCUAUGCUCCAAAUCUUAAGAGUGAUAAAGGAACACGAGAGCUCUUUAUCAAAGAAGGAAAUGCUGAAAUUCUUCGUUUAAUUACGCGUGGAAAAAACGAAGAAGAAAAUAUUUACGUAAAUCUGCCCGGCCGGCCGAUUGUAAGUGAUAAUCAAGUUAAUAGAGCUGGAGAUGUUGGAGGAAAAGAAAUAUUGAUGCGUCGUUAUAUAGAAGAGCAAGCAAAUGGAAAACAAAUCAUUCGUGAACAUUAUCAAAUAAUACCAAAUCAAACGCAUCAAAUUGGAGCGGUUGGCAGUCACGGUGGAAGUAAUAUGUAUCAAGAUAUAAAUGGAAUUGAUGAAGAAAAAAGAAACUCGGAUGAAGAAAAACGAAUUGCCAAGGAACUAGAAGAGUCACUAAAACAGCAAAAUGAAUUGCUUCGACAAAUUUUAUUAGAAAAAGAAAAGUUGGAAGAAAAAAUAGAAGAACAAGAAGCUGCCCUAGAGACACAAAGUUUACCAUGUGCUGUUGCCAUUGCAACUCAAACAGACUGUGAAGCAACCACACAAACAGAUCCCAUAAAUGGAAUGUUGGAAAAACGCUUAUCUAAAAGCGAAAACGAUGACUCAAUGUCAGAAGACGAUUAUGAAUAUAUUAAAUAUACACCUCCAGAUACUCCUGAGGGUGUAUGUUGGAUUAAAAGGAAAAGACAGAGAAUAAAGCGAUAUAAAAAUGCUGACAGAAAGCAAAUGGUAACUGAAAAAAAAUCAGUUAAACGGAAAAUUCGAACUCCAAUACUCGAAGAGACUGAAGACACAAACGUGAUUUCAAAAACAACGACAGCUCAUAAAACCACAAAACAGAAAAACGAACCACAUCAACAAGGAAAUUCAAAAAUCAAUAUAAAAAAUACACCCAAAAUUAAACAUGAAAGUUUUUUAGAGGCCAAUGUACCUAUGAAAACUAAAAAAAAAAAAUUAAAUAGCUUUUCGACAAAUAAUGAAGAAAAACGACAAUACCCACGAAUAUAUAAAAAAAAUGUUCGUUAUUAUGGAGACUCAGAAGGAUCAGAAAAAGAAGUGAUCAUUAAAAAGAAUUAUUACUCAGCAGAUAGUUUAGAUUUAGAUACUGGAGACCUUGACGAAGCACUAAUAAAUCCAGGAAGCAGUUCGACCUUGCCAGCACAGCGAACUAAUAAAUUUGGUCAAAGACAAAUUGAAUUUGUCGCAGAUGAAAAUUUCAGUACACGAGAACCUCAAGGAAAACCACCAAAAAGAAAAGCUCCUAAACCACCUUUCGAUACAUCACCUAAGCCCCGAUCUAGAUUUUACACAAGUGAAUCUAAUUUAGUCAGAAGGAUGCGUGAAGAAGGAAUACAUGACGUACCUCAUGGUGUUUCGAGAUACAUGGAUUGGUAUUAUAAUAAAAACAAAGAUAAAGACAUUUCAGAUGCAAAGGAUAAUGUUGAGUCGAAAAGUUUUCAACAAAACGAAGGACAAAAGAGACAUAAAAAUGGUAAGCUUAAAAUAAGAGCUGCUAUUAGACAUAAUAAUGGCGUAUUUAACGUGAAAAGAAUAUCACCCGCUCGAUUAUCAAGAUCUGAAGAAAGUCUGAAUAACUGUAUACUUGACGCUACAAAUAGAACCACAAAAAGGAAUGCUAUUGAAAAUUUGAUAGGAAAAGCAUCAGAAAGUGUAUCAGUUACACUUCCCAGUCAUCCUCUUUUGCAACAUUCUGAGCAUCGUUAUGAACAUGAAUAUGAAAAGUCAAAAACAAAACUUCCUUUGUCUAAAGUUUCUCAUUGUAUAAACGCAGAAUCUCCACCUAUUCAUAAUCACAGUGAUAGAACACAAAAUAUCUCUAGUAAACCUUCAAAAACUAAAGUUUCGCCUAUUAAGGAAAAUGAAGUAAGUAAUUCUAAAUCACAGGUUCCUUUAGAACAGUUAAAUGUUUCAAAUUUGGAAGAUGAUCAUGAUUCAGGUAUUGCGAUGAACUCUCUUUUAAAUUCAUUAUCCCGUGGAAAUUCGAGAAAUCCGAUAGCUGACAAAAAAAGUGUAUUUACCAUAGCUUAUAAUGAAGUCCGAGUGGAUCAAAUUCCAAACAGAGAAAGUUGCUCCCCUCCUCUUUUUAAAAACUAA